GCUUUUCACUCCUAUGAAUACAGGGGUGAUAAAAAAAAAUAGAUCCAUGCGCCGCUGUAUCUGUAUAUCAAACCGCUUCCUCUUCCGUUUACAAGCAGCUGUGAUGCGGCCACGCAGCAUCCUCUCUGUCAUCCAGAAGUGAAGGUGGAGGACCGGUAUUCGACUGGGAGGGGUCCUUUCAUUUCAGGGCUGCCUCCUGCUGGAUGGAGCCUGGCUAUGUGCAGACAACGAUGGCUAUGGGAGAUGUCUCGAAAAAAGCUUCGACUCGGAACGUAGCGGUGGAGAGAAAAAACCUCCUCACUGUCUGCAGGUUUUCAGUUAAGACCCUCUUAGAGAAAUACACAGCCGAGCCCAUUGAUGACUCAUCGGAAGAGUUCAUAAAUUUUGCAGCCAUCCUUGAACACAUCCUAAGUCACCGUUUUAAAGGUUCUGGUAGCUGGUUUGAUGGUCAGAGAAGUUAUUGGGAUUAUGUCCGCCUGGCCUGUGCUAAAGUUCCCAACAGCUGUAUCAGCAGCAUCGAGAGCAUGGAAAAUAUCAGCACCUCGCGGGCGAAGGGCCGGGCCUGGAUGAGAGUAGCCCUGAUGGAAAAGAGGCUGUCUGAGUAUAUCACCACUGCUCUGAGAGAUAGCAGGACAACCAGGAGGUUCUAUGCAGAAGGAGCCAUCAUGUUGAGAGAAGAGGCCACAGUACUAACAGGGUUGCUCAUAGGCCUAGGAGCCAUUGAUUUUAGUUUCUGUCUGAAAGGAGAAGCCUUGGAUGGGAAGUCUUCAGCAGUGAUUGACUACACUCCAUACUUGAAAUUCACACAAAGCUAUGAUUACCUGAGUGAUGAUGACGAUCGCCACAGCAUUGACAGCAGCACAAGUGACGACAGUGUUCCUGAUCACCCUUACAUCCCUCUGGUCACCGAUGAGGAGAGCUGGAGCACAAAGUGCCGAAAGAUGGAGCAGAGGUUCAAGAUAGUCAAUGCUCAGAAGGGUUACCUGGAGGAGCUUGUGCGUCUUCGUGAGUCUCAGCUGAAGAACACAGAGACAGAGAACAAGAGGUUGAAGGCCCGACUGGAGGAGCUACAGAGCCAGAGUCAACGGGAGAAAAACGAGCUGGAGGCUGUCAUCCUGGAGCUUCAGGAACAACUGACAAGCUUGAUUCCAUGUGACUCCAACCACUUGGCUAAAAACCUCACAAUCCCUCUCAUCAACCAGUGGCCAAACCUGGAGCCAUACAACAACCAAGAAGACAUGAAGCUGUUCCGCAGGAGGAGUUUUCCAAGCACAGAGCUGCUGUCAGUAGAGGUCAGCCUGGAUUCAGACUCCCAGAGGAUUGAGGGGAAACAGAACGGUGGAGCAUGGUGCACAGAAAAGGACUACACCCCCUCCAUGAUGGGCCUGUGUGGGUCCUUGGCUUCCCUACCGAGCUGCAAAUCUCUGGCUAGUCUCAAAUCUAGUGAGUGCCUGGUCAACAUCAGUACAGAAAACAGUCCUGCCCUCUCUCCCAGCUAGGGGGCGCCAAAGAAACACUGCCAACAGACACAGAGACAAUUCAACAUCAAAACAAUAAGACUGCUCUUAAUAGACGGACACAUGCUCUCUUUCAUGGCCCUUUUCGUCAGUCCCUUUACCUUUCUUCUCUGAGCCUGGCACUGUCUCAACUUACACGCUUGUGAAAGAGCAGCCUCCUUUUCUGGGACUGUCCCCACAAAGAUGAAGGAGUAGCUGCUGUACUGCCACAAGGCCUCCUUUAGUGCACAGUCUUUCUCCUGGAAUGCAAACAGCUGAUUUAGGCUUGACUUCUUGUAUGUCACAAUGCUUCAUUUUGUGCAGUUACAGUCAUAUACUGUUCACAGUCAUUACUGUAAGGUGACUGUAUGUCCUUGUCUGUGUUGUCUGUGUCUUAUCAUUCUGUCAGUGUAUCGUAUUCUGCCUGUUACAUAACACUGGUAGGAUGGAUGAACUGUUAUAACUUUAUUGGAAACAGAAGCAAUGGUUUUACAAUGAUAUAGGACACUAUUAUAAGAAGAAAAAGUGAGAUCAGGCUUGUUUGUGAUGAAGAAAAUGGACUAGGGAGAAGAUUAUUAAAGAUUGAACAGAAACAGCUUUAUUAUAUUAGAAUGAAUGACAGCUUAGGCCUUAUUCAGUCAUACAGCAGAGUAGAUUCUCAUUUUCAGGAUGCAACACAGAGAAUUUGUGAGGCUGCCAAGGUUUAGAGAGUCACUACAAUUUAAACAUAAAUAAUAUCCAUUUCAUAUAACUUCACAGUGCAUUGUGACUAUGCAGAAUGAAUGUUUUCAUUGUCUUUUUUUACAUGCCUGGCUUGAUAGAAAGGUUUGAGCAGGAGAGAAAUAGUGAAUGUGCAACAUGCGUAUGUGUGUCAAAUUAUUUUUUUCUGUGGGCGUUUGUCUUGAAUUAUCUUACUAGUUUCACAGCGUUCUUACUUGUACGAUCAUAUCAAUUGCAAUCUAAUGCAGUGUUGUUGGGAGAUGGAAAACGUGUGAUUUAAAAUUGCAAUAAAACUGCCUUUUUUAAAUAUCAAA